GACGCGGCGGAGGGGGCGGGCAGCGCGCCGCCAUCUUUGGCCAGUGCGGCGGCGGCGGGGGAAGCAGGAGGAGGAGCCGCGCUGCAGCCGGCCGGACCAUGGACGAGGAGUACGACGUGAUCGUGCUGGGCACCGGCCUCACCGAAUGCAUCCUGUCGGGGAUCAUGUCUGUGAACGGCAAGAAGGUGCUGCACAUGGACCGGAACCCAUACUAUGGGGGCGAGAGCUCCUCCAUCACACCCCUAGAGGAGCUGUAUAAGCGUUUUCAGUUGGUGGAGGGCCCCCCUGAGGCCAUGGGCCGGGGCCGGGACUGGAAUGUGGACCUGAUCCCCAAGUUCCUUAUGGCCAAUGGGCAGCUGGUGAAGAUGCUCCUAUACACAGAGGUGACCCGCUACCUGGAUUUCAAGGUGGUGGAGGGCAGCUUCGUCUACAAGGGGGGCAAGAUAUACAAAGUGCCAUCCACUGAAACUGAAGCCUUGGCGUCCAAUCUGAUGGGCAUGUUCGAGAAAAGGCGCUUCCGCAAGUUCCUGGUGUUCGUGGCUAACUUUGAUGAGAAUGACCCCAAGACCUUUGAGGGUGUCGACCCCCAAAACACCAGUAUGCGUGACGUCUACCGGAAGUUUGACCUGGGCCAGGACGUCAUUGACUUCACUGGCCACGCCCUGGCGCUCUACCGCACGGAUGAGUACCUGGACCAGCCCUGUCUUGAGACUAUCAAUCGCAUCAAACUCUACAGCGAGUCCCUGGCCCGGUAUGGCAAGAGCCCAUAUUUGUACCCACUCUAUGGGCUUGGCGAGCUGCCUCAGGGCUUUGCCAGAUUGAGUGCCAUCUAUGGGGGCACAUACAUGCUGAACAAGCCAGUGGAUGAUAUCAUCAUGGAGAAUGGCAAGGUGGUAGGAGUGAAGUCUGAGGGAGAGGUGGCACGCUGCAAGCAGCUGAUCUGUGACCCCAGCUACAUCCCGGACCGUGUGCGGAAGGCCGGCCAGGUCAUCCGCAUCAUCUGCAUCCUCAGCCACCCCAUCAAGAACACCAAUGACGCCAAUUCCUGCCAGAUCAUCAUCCCUCAGAACCAGCUCAAUCGGAAGUCAGAUAUCUACGUGUGCAUGAUUUCCUAUGCACACAACGUGGCCGCGCAGGGCAAAUACAUCGCCAUCACCAGCACCACUGUGGAGACCUCAGAACCAGAGAAGGAGGUGGAGCCAGCCCUGGAGCUGUUGGAACCAAUUGACCAGAAGUUCGUGGCCAUCAGCGACUUAUAUGAGCCCAUCGAUGAUGGUUCUGAGAGUCAGGUGUUCUGUUCCUGCUCAUACGAUGCCACCACACACUUUGAGACCACCUGCAAUGACAUCAAAGACAUCUACAAGCGCAUGGCAGGUUCUGCCUUUGACUUCGAGAACAUGAAGCGCAAACAGAAUGAUGUCUUUGGAGAAGCUGACCAGUGAUGGCAGACAACCCCCACCACCCCAGUCUGUCCUCUAGGGCACCCCUGUUUCCAGCAUCCUCUGCUUCCCCAACUGCAUUCCUGUUGCCCACCUCAUUGACCCACUGACCAAAUCCUUAACCUUAGCAAUGAUUUGGGUGAUUGGGGGUGGGUAACAUCUUUCUUGGCCCUUGGUUUCCCUUGUGCAUGUCUCUUCCCUCCACUUUGGAUUCUUCUGCUGUCUGGGAAGAAUGUGGAGGAGAAGCUGACUGCUCCCUCUGCCGCUGUGACUCCCCCAACUCGAGUGGCCUUUGGAGAUGCUCCUGCUUCCACCCCCACCAGCUCCCUCCUGUGUUGGAGAGAAGGGUCCCACCCAGCACAAAGUUGCAUCCCCUUCCCCAUAAUUUAUUCUAAUUUAUUAACUUUGGCCUGCCCCAGACUGAGUGGGAACCCCCUCACCUAGGUGGGCCUGUCUGGUGCUGGUGAGCCUGAGGGGCAGAGGGUUGGGGGUUGGCCCCCCUAGAGCUUGCUCUUGCCGUUUUUUGUUUUUGUCUUGGUGUUUUGUGUCCUCCGGUCCUUGCUGAGUGAAGAGACAAGAGACAGGAGCAAAACGGAAGGAGGUGGAAACAUGGAUCCACCCUGUGGCCCCAGCCAGCCCUCCCUUUCCUUUAGUUGUGGGAACCCCUUAACUUGCAAAGAGAAUGUGUCCCUUCCCCAACCUCUAGUGUAUUUCACGGAAAACAUCGCCCAAUAAAGUCUUCAAACCUGU